UGAAAAUUUGAAAAAUGUUGAGACUCUUCAUUUUAUCAUCAAGAUAUUCAGCUCCUCCUUUUUCUCCGCCCACUCAAUUAACUUGCAUAUCCUUGACAAGACUCAGACAAACACAAAAGAGUUUCCCCUACCCUCCCUCACUCUCUCUUUACUCAACACUUGGUUCUAAACAGGGCGAAGGGUAUCUAAAAACAAGAUGGAAGUACAUAGUGACUGUCGUCAAGUCGUUUGUUCAAGGUAUGAAGUUAUUAAUAAAAGACGUCAAGGAGGCGAGACGUUUGAGACGUAACGGGUUAAAAUUAGAUGGGACUAGGCCACGCCCACCUCCAGAGAGCACGAUAACGUGGGAAGAUUUGAGAUUCAUUGAUAAAACUGUUUCUGAUUUGAAGAGGGUUUUUCCCACUAUUGCGUUAUUUUGGAUACCUUUAGUCGGCUACGUGGCACCUUUCUUGGCGUUGGCUUUUCCAAAGUACUUGCUUAGUUCUCACUUUUGGUCGGCGGAUCAGAGAAAGGAAUUUGAAGAGAAGAAUAAAGUAAUGAGAAAAGACAAUACGAAAAGAUUGAAGGAAUAUCUUUUGGAAAAUAAGAAUGACGGCCCAGUCAAAAUUAUAGCUGAUUGCCUGGAUAAAGUUAAGCAACAGAAAGAGAAAGACAUCUCAGACUGGAACUGGGUAUCAGAAUCUGGAAUUAUGAGUAUGGAUCUUAGUAGUCUUUCAUCACAGCAUAUUAAUUGUUUGUCACAUUCGUGGGGCAUAAAGACUCUUCUCCCGUUUCCCUUUUGGCAGCGAAGACGACUUGUUAAAAGAUUGAACUAUAUAUAUGGCUGUGACUACCUUUUACAAUCAAGAGGAAUUAAUGACAGGGGCAGGAAAAGAGAGGCGUUAAUGGAGAGAGGUGUAAGUGUUAAGAAUGUUGACAGAGCUUUGGACGUGUGGCUGUCUCUUUCUAACUCACAAGAAAAUUGUCCGUAUGUAUUACUGAGUCACGCCCCUUUGGUAUGGGUGGAGCAUAGCAACAACUAAAUAUUGUACUAUUAUGUUAGAUAGUGUCCAUAUUAAUCAUUACUCACUAGUUUAAACAAUCAAAA